AAAGUGACCACAUGCUUUGCCUCCUGUCAGUGUGAGUGUGAGGUCAUAUCUGAAUCGAUCUCUGCCAUGAGGUCAUGACUCGACUUGCUCGCCCGAUCACACUGAAAGUGCCAAACUCAGAAUAAAGAUAAACGUCGGUGAUUUCAAAAGCACGCCGUGACUUGUAAUUCCAGUAUAUGGCUUAAAGGUUCGUGUUACCAUCUCACAUCAAAUCACUGAUUGACACGCAUGCUUUGUGUGAAUCAUACGCGCUCAUUCGUGGAGAGAGGGAGAGAUCAAUGUGUGGAGCCAGGAAGAAAGAGAGGGAGAAAGAGGGGAUGGACGUUUUUCCUCACAUAUGACAACGUGGAGGAGUCCCCUCCCUCCUUCUGUCAGUCAGUCAGUUUUUACAAGCUGUUGCAUGCAGCUUCCUCCACAACGCGUGGGUGAGAGCAGAAGGAAGAUGAGGGGAGAAGAGAGGUGGGAACUGCAGCUGCCUAACCGGGAAUGAAGGCGCAAGAAUGCCCUGUGAGACGAUCCGGAGGACAUUUACGCACACAAGAAGAAGCGAUUUAGAGUCGGAUCUUGGUCUUCACAGUCGUUGUCGUCUUGGCUGAGAAAGAGAAGUUUGCCGCAGAAACAGCCUUCAUUAACCAGCAGAGAUGAGACGGGACUCGACCGCUAGUUGGAUUGUCCGAGGCUGCAUAACAUGUGUCCUCGUCACCUUUUACGCACAGAAUGCAGUCUCCAAAUCGCUCCAGUGUGAUGAAACACAUUACUUAAGAAACUCUAGAUGCUGCAAGAAGUGUGAACCAGGCUUCCGUGUGUUUUCUGACUGCACUGAUUCGCACCAGACUAUAUGUGUCAAAUGUAAUCGUGGUGAAUACCAGCCAGGCUGGACUGAAGAGAUGCUCUGUCUCCAGCAGAAGAUCUGUGACCCGGUUAAGGGUUUCAUGGAGAGGCCUGAAAACCCUGUGGCAGAGGAGCCGUGUCGCUGCCUUCCCGGCCUCCAGUGCUAUCCAAUCAACUGUGAGUACUGCGAGAGGAUACCCACUUGCACUGCUGGAUAUGGACUGGAGGUGGACCCUGAGUCUACUAAUGGAAGGAAGAUCUGUGCUGCAUGUAAGAAAGGCUUCUUCUCCAUUGACAACGGUGCUGAACCAUGUAAACAAUGGACUAACUGUAAGGCCGAAGGCAGGACAGAACUGCAGCCAGGCAGCGCUCAGGCUGAUGCAGUGUGUGGACCACAUGUCUCUGGUGCAGCCCCCUCCUGGGUUAUUGUUUCGGUGCUGUCGGUCAUCACUGUUCUGUGUCUCCUCAUCCUGCUCCUCUUCUGCUACAAGGACAAACUGAAAUUACUCUCUGUAAAUCUGCGAUCCUGUGUCCAGAAUCUGAAGAGGACGAGGAUACAACAGGAGACCUUGGCCCCUCUGUACCACAGCGGAGCAGGAGGAGGAGUAGCAGGAGGCCCUAAAUUGACACCAUGUGAAACCACAAAACUCAUCUGCCAAGCACCCCGCAGCCCUGCAGAUGAGACCUUUGCCACCCCUGCUCCUGAUGUCAAGGUCUCGCUGCCCCUCACAGUGGAAAUGAAAGAGGAAGAAGGGACCAUGGAGAAAACUGCGAUGGAGGAUCAGAGUGAAGGGUCUGGAGAACCUGAGGAGGUGUCAGAAGAAGAGGUUGUGAGUGUGUCUCCUCUUUUGACAGGUUCUUGUGUGUGUGUCAUGCCCAUCCGUGAGCCACUGGAGGUAGGGGAGAAUGAGGACUGUAGCCAGGCUGUCAGCCCCGGGACUCCAGGAACCUGCUCAUGUAGAGGGCUUGAUGGAGAUGAAAGUGGGAAAGAGGAGAAAAGCGAGGGUGUAAAGGCAGACAAAGGUGGAGAAAAAGGUGACAGAAAUCAAGACAGGAUGGUUUUGUGCAAGAGUGAGACAGGUGUUGAAUCUCUGGUCACUCUUUCUCCCCCACUCCUCCACACCUCCUCUGUAAUCCCUCCAUCCACUCCUGAACUCUGCCUGCCAUUGUCUCAGGCUCAGGUGAGACCGGAGUUCAAACCUCAGCUGCCUGACAGGUCACUGGAAAAACAGGAGGAAGUAUACAGACUGGCGAGCGGAGACUCUGUCUCUACAGAAAAUAGUACAGCCUUUGCGAUGACCUCGGUCAGCCCAUUGAUGACGUCCUCAUCUGUUGGAGAUCUCUACCUGGACCGGCCCCCUGAGGCCUCAAGCCCAGAGCAAGGCCAGGGACUUUCCUGGGGAGACAGCAGGGGAAACAAGCUCUUUUGUGUGGAGUCAGAGCUGGAGUGCACACCUGAGAGCCUCCAUAGUCAGCUGGCUGAACCAACUCUUACCUCAGGUCAGGUGUCCGGGAACCACAACACCACCUUCAUCUCCAGUGGUCAGGUGAUGAACUUCAGCGGAGAUGUCAUCGUUGUCUACGUCAGCCAGACGUCUCUGGGCAGUGACGGGGCGGGGCAGGACGAUGCCUUCGGGAGCCCUGUCCAGGAAGAGGCCAACGAGAUGGCCCCAUUAUUCCAGAGCUGCCUGAGGUCACAAGGGGACUCCAUUUCCCACAGCACCUUGCAAGACGAGACGCUGCCAGUCCAGGAAAUGAUGGAGGAGUCGCCACAGCAAAAGUGAAAAGUGAUCAAUGACAGCUUGUCAUUUAAAUGUUGCAAACGUGGCCUCUGACAAUUCUUUAGUCCCCAAUUAAAUUACAAAUGAUGGGGAAAAAAACAUGAUUUGUCUGUCAUAGCUACUUUCUGUACAAGAAGGGAAGACAUUUAAUUAAAAUGAUGGAAUGUAAUCUUUUCCAUUUGACACAUAGUCACUGAAUCUCAUCUCAAGCAUCUCUAAGUGCCUUUACUCAUUUUCCAGUGGAAAGCUGCAGGCCUUUGCAAAUGGAAACUCCCUCCAUUCCAGACAGUGAUGGGGAAUUUUGUUGAGAAAUGGAUGUGGAGCUAAAGUUCAGGCUGGAAGAACAUCACAUUUUUGUUGUUAUAUGGAAAUUGCACCUGGGAUGCAAAAGAGUUACUACACUUUUGUUUCCCAUCUUCCAUUGAUGAAUAGUCCAGGUUAAAAUCUGCGCAGCCCUUGUUUUUAACUGUUCUAAAUUUGACAUUUGGAUCAUUUCAAGAGUUUCCUUAAAUAAUAAGAGUGUCCACCAUGUGGAACUAAUUGUGUUUUCUCUGACAAAAUCAUGCCGUGAAAGUAAAUGUUUUUAUGCUAGAAAAUUCAGUCGAUUUGCUACAUUAAAAUCUGGCAGGGUGGGAUCAAAGUUGUAAAAUAAAUAAAUUAUUUUUUUAAAAUGUAAUUUUCCUUUCCAUUUCACUUUGUUUUGAUGCUUGUUUAUCCUGUAUGUGGACUGUUUUUAUUCUCAUCUUAUUGCACUGCAAGUGCAGUUUGUGUCUUAAGAAAAAAUGCUGUGCAUUUGAUAAGCUAUUUUAUUACUGGUUUGUUUUGUUAUGUUUUAAUGUUCAAGCCUUAAUGAAGAAAAGUAAAAUGUCAGCCUGUUUAUAUUUUGUUUUAAUGAUUUUUACAAAGCGGAUUGUUUAUGUAUUACAUCAGAAGAUGCAUAUCUGAUCAAUGUUUGUAUAUAUUACAGGAGCCUGGUGUAUUUGUGACAACAAGAAUGAAUAUUAUCUUUUGCUUCCUCUCCUUGAAUUGAGGUUUGGUUGUGUUAAAUGGAGCCAUUAAUGGCAGGCAAAGCACACACUAUAGGCAGGGGUGUGUCCAGACUUGACUGAGGGUGCCUCCAUUUGCGCCCUGAUUCAUGCAGGAGUGGCUUGAAAUAUGAGCACACACACAAACACACAUCAGAAUAGCAUCCAUUUAUCUUUUCUCAUAUCUACUUUAAUUACCAACAUUACUGUGCCUUACAGGUUUCUUCCAUAAAUUAUCCUAAAUUUAUUUUCUUAAAUCUAAAAUGACUUUAAAAGUUAAUUUGAAAGAUUUAACAGCUAAAUAUUCCUACCAGUCACAACACAAUAGUGGGACCAAACAAAUACAACGUAAAAGUUACACUUCAAGUGCUCCAAAAAGAAACUGUGUCUUCAAAAAGUAGGCAACAACCAAAGCAAAACAAGUCAAAAACACUUGACAGUUGCUUUGACACGAGGCCCGCCUCUCACUGGGGACAUAGCCAAUCAUAGUUAAAAAUAAUGGGGUGGCAAAUCAGAUUCAAGGAUUGGCCACCCCCGGCCCUCUUCUGGACAUGGCCCUGGCUACAGGCAUUCAAGGGGACUGUUCAACCACAACCUCAACAUAUGUAUGCAGCCUUUCAAUAAUUAUGUACAUAUCAAUCAAUCAAUUGCAAUGAAUGACUGAAAGAAUAUUUUGAUUGAAAUUAAAUAUGUUUUGCAUCCA